CGGCAAUUGUGCGGGGGAGAACCCCAGCAAGGGUAGCGGACUUGCUCCAGUCGGAUUUCACGAUGCGGGAACGGCCCUUACUUCUACCCUCCUGCUGGUGAAUAUCAUCCGAACUGCCACUCCAAGUCUGACUUGAGCUUCGAAUCUUACGAUACCACUGCACACCUGACUUUGAGGAACGCACCAGACAACACAUACACCAUGGCUUCACAAACACAAACGCCCUUCACCCGCUUCGUGCGGUUUGUCCCCCGCUCUGAUUCCAACAAGAUCCUCAUUGGUGAGCCUGAAUCAGAGUCUGUUGAUGUUGGUCUUGCUGUGCGCAAGGGCGAGGAAGUGAAGGUUGUGGUGUGGUCCGGAUCCAGCGUUCUCAAGCCGGGUUCCAAGACCGAGGAGCGGGCCGUCAUUGACCGCAUCCUCUCACCCGUCUCUGCCGAGGAGGUCGGAACGAUCCGAUGCAUCGGCUUGAACUAUGUCCAACACGCAAAGGAGACUGGUCUGGCACUGCCUACGGUCCCGACUGUGUUUCUGAAGCCAAGCACCGCACUGGGAGACCCAUGGCCCGCGCCUACGGUGCUCCCUUUGCUCACCCAGGCCGACGAUUGCGGCGACUAUGAGUCUGAGCUCGCCGUGGUAUUGGGUAAGACCGCUAAGAAUGUCUCUGAGGCCAACGCUCUGGACUAUGUCUUGGGUUACACUGCCUGCAACGACGUCUCUUCCCGGACGUACCAACUGAACCAGUCGCAAUGGUGCUUCGCUAAGGGAUUCGAUGGAUCCUGCCCACUGGGCCCUACCUUGGUUUCCAAGGAUCUCAUUCCUGAUCCAACCAAGUUGAAGAUGCGUGGCUUGAAGAACGGCGAAGUUCUCCAGGACUCUCCCAUUGACGACCUCAUCUUCAGCAUCCCGAAGCUCAUCAGCUUCCUGUCUCAAAGCACAACCCUGCCCGCUGGAACAGUAAUCAUUACCGGAACUCCUGCUGGAGUUGGCCUGGGCCGGACACCAAAGGUCACUCUGAAGGACGCCGACGAGUUCCACGUUGAGGUUCUUCCCCAUAUCGGCACGUUGGUCAACACCUUCCAGAAUGAGGUUGGACAGUAGAUGCGAGAGUGCGUGUAGGACAAGGCGGUAUGAGAUGAAUUGAGGUGCACGAAGACAAGGCGGAAUCAAUGAGUAAAAGAAC